CAAAGCUGUAUACGUGUGAUUAGAACAGUGGAUGCUCUUGUCACGGGUCCACUUUGUUCUCGGUUCAGAAUUUUCAAGCCCAUAUAUCAGUCACACUAUUAGACAAUAGACUAAUCCUGACUUUCCCUUCAAACAGCUUACUUUUGUUGUCCAGAAGAAGAAGAAGAAGAAGAGCAGAAGAUAGAAAACACCAUUCAACAAAAGACAGAAUCUUUUGUGAUAAAAUUUGAUUCAAGGCUUUAGCAUUCCAAGUAGAGGAGCAUUGGUUCUCUGGACUUUAUUCUUUUAUCUAUCCAUCUUCAAGACGCUUAUAGGUGUCAGUUUGGUAGGAUCUGUCGCUUAUAGCCAGCAGUCUUUCAGAACUUGAGGGUUUGGUAGGAUCUGUCGGAUGCUAUAUUAGAAAGAACUAAAAAAAAAAAGAAGGGAAUCUUUAGAAAUGGAAGAUGAUGGUGGAGGCAGUGAUGGAGGGGAAGGAAACGGUGCGUUUUCACCUAAUUCUAGCUUUGGGGCAUUCCCUGAGAUGCCCAUGGAUCUGGAUUUCAUGGAUGAGCUCUUGUUUGAUGGUUGUUGGCUAGAGACAACAGAUUUAAAGCAGUCAGAAGAAACUGCUUCAGCUUCUAACGCCAUGGAUGACAACAACAACAAUACCCCUUUCCUCUACUUUGCUGACAACCCAUUUCAAGAAAAAACUUCCAAUGGAGAAGAAACAGAGAAUCAACAAGAACCUUGUAACCAGGCUGCAUCAAGUUCUCUACUAGAGGAAGCUGAGGUGGGAAGAAGUUGGUGGAUUGCUCCAAGAAGAGGAAGAAGUCAAGGCCCUUCUUCCUCUGUGAAGGAGAGACUCUUACGAGCUAUAAGCGGUCUCGACGAAGCAGUCCCUGAUAAGGACUUCCUUGUGCAGAUAUGGGUGCCGUUUCAGCAGGAAGGGAAAAACUUCUUGACCACUUUGGCUCAGCCACAUUUAUUCAACCAAAAAUACUCGAGCCUUGCACAAUACAGACAUGUUUCAGAGACUUAUAACUUCCCUGCCGAUGAGGGUUCGACGGAAGUAGGACUCCCCGGUCGUGUUUUCCUCCAGAAACUGCCUGAGUGGACUCCUGAUGUACGUUUCUUUAGGAGCGAAGAGUAUCCUCGCAUCAAAGAAGCGCAGAAGUGUGAUGUCCGUGGGUCGCUUGCUGUUCCUGUGUUUGAAAGAGGUAGUGGGACUUGUUUGGGUGUUGUUGAGAUCAUCACAACUACUCAGAAGAUGAAUUACAAGCCAGAACUUGAGAACAUCUGUAAAGCUCUCGAGGCUGUGGAUCUAAGGAGUUCAAGUAACUUGAUGACUCCAAGCACUGAGUUUCUGCAGGUCUAUAGUGAUUUCUACAACGCUGCAUUACCUGAGAUAUCAGAUUUCUUGGCCACAGUCUGCAGAUCAUAUGAUCUGCCUUUAGCUUUGUCAUGGGCUCCGUGUGAUCGGCAGGGGAAAGGUGGAUCUCGACAUUCUGAUGAGAACUUUUCUCAGUGCGUUUCCACAAUCGAUUCUGCUUGCUUUGUCCUGGAUGAAGAGAGCAAAUGUUUUCUGGAGGCAUGUUCUGAGUAUCAUCUUCUCCAAGGGGAAGGCAUGGUUGGGAAAGCAUUCGAGGAGACCAAACUGUUUUUCGUGCCCGAAGUGACCAUAUUUAGCAAGACCAACUACGCUCUUGCGCACCAUGCUAAAGUGUCUGGACUACACGCUGCUUUAGCGGUCCCGUUGAAGGGCAAAAGCAAUGGUUUGGUCGAGUUUGUGUUGGAGUUCUUCUUUCCAAAGUCCUGUAUUGACACUGAAGCGAAAGAUGAGAUGCUCAAAUCACUGUCUGUGACUCUGCAGCAGGAUUUCAAGAGUUCGAAUCUUGUCAUUGACAAAGAUCUAGAGUUAGAAGUUGUAUUGCCUGUUGGAGAGGACAUGGUUCUCUCAGAAACCGAAGAGUCUUUGAGAGAAGUUCAUAUGCAAGACUCCUCCUCAAUGAUAAAGGCUAACGAGAAGGGUAAAGAUCCAAUAGAUGAAUCCAAGAUCUCAUCUGGAUUGGAUAACAGUCAGCUUGAUCCAAUCCCUUCAGGAGGAUGCAGAGUCGACGCUGGUCCAAGUACUGAACCAGCUUCAACCGGUGGUGGAAAUAUGUUAGGGAGUAGAAGACCAGGUGAAAAGAAAAGAUCAAAAACAGAAAAGAUCAUUGGCUUGGAGGUUCUUCAACAAUACUUUGCCGGAAGCCUCAAGGAUGCAGCCAAGAGCAUUGGUGUUUGUCCAACUACCUUGAAAAGGAUAUGCAGGCACCACGGAAUAACGAGAUGGCCUUCCAGAAAAAUCAAGAAGGUUGGGCAUUCGUUGAAGAAACUGCAAGUCGUUAUGGACUCUGUUCAAGGUGCACAAGGAUCUAUCCCACUCGAUUCAUUCUAUACAAGCUUCCCAGCGUUGAACUCUCCAAAUAUGUCCAGUAGUGGCCCUUCCUUGAAAAGUAAAGAACAGUUACAGCAUUUGAACGCUCCAACGUCAGAGGAUAAACCAGCACCAAGGUCACCAUCAUCUUCUUGCUCUGGUUCAAGCACCAACACUGCAAACACUCUGCAGGUUGCUGAGAAUGCUGAUGCGGUUUUGAAGAAAGCUCAGGGCGAGGCAGAACUGCAUAAUGAGAAUCAAGAGGAAACAAAAAGUCUCAAGGAGCCUCCUCUUCUUGAAAAUGUACCGGGUAGUAGCAGCAAGAGCUUAAGAGCAGGAGGGGGCAUUAAAGUGAAAGCAACGUUUGGUGAGGCCAUAAUACGGUUUACUUUGCCACCGAGCUGGGGCUACAGAGAGCUGGAGGGAGAGAUUGCUAGGCGUUUCAACAUAGAUGACGUUUCCUGGUUUGAUCUCAAGUACCUGGAUGACGAUAAGGAGUUGGUUCUUCUGACGUGUGAAGGGGAUCUAGAGGAAUGUAUCGACAUACAUAGAUCAUCAUCAUCACAGAGCCAAACAAUUAAGAUAAGUCUGCACGACGCUUUUCAAGUCAAACUGGGAGGUUCUUUUGGUAGCUCUGGUGCAUCCUGAUAAACACACACUCUCAAAGCAAGGAAGGUUGCAACUUACAAUCAGAGAUCGCACUUUACCAUUUUAGCCUCGGAAUCGUUAGGUAAACAUUACCUUGAAGACCAUUUUGCAAGUGGCAAUAGUAUAACUGGUCUUCUGCAUAGCCUGAACAGAUUUUUUUGUAUAUAGGCAUGCAUUGUUUUUUUUUUAAUCUUUGUUUCUUAAGCUCUGCAACCUAUAUAAAUUGAAUUACAGUAUUAUGUGUGUGUUCA